AUGGAUACCUGGCUCACACCAAAACCCCUAGCUACCACCUUCUCGCACCUCUUCUCGCACUCCACCCUACAACUGGUUAAAGUAGCUAACAUCUUGAGCUUCGGUAUCGAAGCCAACCUCUGUAAUCGUCUCUCUCUUACAGCAGAACAAGAGCUUGCUUCGCUUUUGGCUAUUUUGCAGGACUUCACGCCGUCGACUGAGGAAGAUCAACGGUUCCUACUCCAGGGACAUGACUUCUCCACCAAGCAGGCAUACGGCACGCUCAUGACCAAGCCAGACAUGGAUCUCAUUGCCCCCCUCAUCUGGGGCACCAAGGCUCCUCGCAAAAUCAAGAUUUUUGUUUGGCUUCUUUUCAAAGACCGCCUCAACACCAUAGUGAACCUAGCUCAUAAGCAUAUAAUCUCCUCCAAUCUAUGCCCCCGCUAUGCUGCGUCACCUGAAGACACCACUCAUCUCUUCAUCGCAUGUCCUCUUGCCAAUCGGAUAUGGCAACGAGUAGGCUUCCUGCCCUCCACCGACGACCUCAAUGAGCUCUGGGACAUACCGCUGCCUCAACACCUACCCAAGAAUGCCUGGCCCUUCGUUCUCCUCGCACUGCUAUGGAAGAUUUGGACCGCGCGUAAUGACAUGCUGUUUAGGUGCAUCGAUCAAUGUUUUGUAAUGACAAUUAGAAACCUUAUCUCUGACCUAGACCUUUGGUCACACCGUCUCAUCGAUACGGGUGACAAGGAGGACGUCUUGUCGUGGCGUUCCUACCUCUCUGCACGUUGCACCGUGCCUCUGUAA